ACCCCACUGCCUACACAACUCUACAUCAUCCUCCUAUUAUUGUCUAGAAAUCUCCAUUCCCCACAAGCCCAUUAAGUUUUUCUCUCUCUAUCUCUCUCUCUAAGCAUUCCUCUUUUUCUGCUGCUCCUAUCUUGAUUUCUAAUUUUCAACCAGCAUUCUUCAGUCGCCAUUAAUUCCUCCUGUCUCAGUUUUAUCUUGCCAUCCUUGUUGCAAUCAUGGCUGUUCUAGUGGUUCUCGUGCUUAUAUUGGCUAUGACUGGUCACUCUGCUGCAAAUUGGUGUGUCUGCAGGACGGAUGUGAGUGACACAACCCUUCAGAAGACCCUAGAUUAUGCUUGUGGAUCUGGAGCUGAUUGCACUCCCGUCCUUCAAAAUGGGGCUUGUUACCAGCCCAACACUGUCAGGGCUCAUUGCUCAUAUGCUGUGAAUAGCUAUUUCCAGAGAAAAAAUCAAGCUCAAGGAUCUUGUGACUUUUCAGGCACAGCCACAGUUUCUACAACUGACCCAAGCACCGGUAAUGGUUGUGUUUAUCCCGCAACUCCAAGUGUUGCAGGAACACCGUCUACAACACCCUCGACCACAACUCCGUCUACAACACCCUCGACCACAACUCCGUCUACAACACCAUCAACCACAACUCCAUCUACAACCACACCUUCUUCAACUCUGACUCCUACAACUGGAGUAAUAGGAGGGGGGGUUACAGGUUUAGGCCCAUCUGGAACUGGCAUUACCGACACCAGUGACGCAUCUGCUCUCAGUCUCAUACUUCAAAAGAACUUCUUUUCCCUGCUUCCGGCCGUCGUCUGGGUUUCCGGCAUGCUUUUCUUGUGGGCUUGAGGCAAGCGACGGCAGGAGAAGUGGUGGCUGCCGUGGGUGGUAGUGAUAGGGUUUGGACUUGGGGGGCCACAUAUGAGACGGUGGAGCUUCAGUUGUGUGUGGACGAGAUUUUGCCACGACCAGAUGAUAGACAUGUGUGGUUCUUUGGAUUGUCGAGAGGGGGAAUCAUCUAGGGUACAUUUCCCACUAGCUUUUGUUUUUUCCUUGGUGGAAAAAGCUGGAUUUUGGAUUCCUUUUAGGUGAUGAUGGAACAUAAUUUAGUACUACCUUCCUCCUUUUCUCCUUUUGUAUAUGUAGAGAGACACAGUAUUUUAUAUUAUUAUUAUUAUAAAUUUAGUGAGAA